UCGUGCACUUUGCUCAAGCCGGGGACGCGCUUAUAGGCGCGUUCACGUUGUGUAUCCAGUGUGUGUGAGCGAGAGCGACAAUUCAUCAUCACAGUCCAUUCAAUUUCUACCCAGACGCUGACCUAUUCAGAGUUACAGCAAUGGCCUCCGGUGUGAAAGUCACAGAUGAAGUUAUCGCCGUCUUCAACGACAUGAAGGUGCGUAAGGCUCAGGCGAACGAGGAUGAGAAGAGGAAGAGGAAGAAGGCCAUUCUGUUCUGCAUAAGCAAGGACCUCAAGAACAUUGUUCUGGAUGACGGCAAAGAGAUCCUGCUGGGUGACUUGGGAACCACCGUCCAGGACCCAUACCAGCACUUUGUGAAGAUGCUGCCCCCAGACGACUGCCGCUACGCCCUGUAUGACGCCACCUAUGAGACCAAAGAAACAAAGAAGGAGGACCUGGUCUUUAUCUUCUGGGCUCCAGAUAAUGCCCCCUUGAAGAGCAAGAUGAUCUAUGCCAGCUCAAAAGAUGCUAUCAAGAGAAAAUUUGAAGGUAUUAAGCACGAGUGGCAGGUGAACGGUUUGGAAGACCUCAAAGACCGGCACACCCUGGCAGAAAAGCUUGGCGGUUCGUCAGUAGUCAGCCUGGAAGGAUCACCUAUAUAAAUAUUGACCCCGCCUCCCCUUCCCCUCUCUCUCUGGCUUCGAUCGAGGCCUUUCAGACACAUCCUUUGGGUUUAGCUGUUCAUUCCAGUGUGGUUUGGAGAAGGGCAAAAAAAAGCAGAACCAGCACCAAUUGCGGGACUCUGGGUGGGAUAUUGUGGGUGGGUUUGGGAUCAAAUGACAGACGAACAAAAAAUAAAAUAAAAUAAUCUACAAAUGCAGACGGUCAUUCCAGUUCAUGCAACAUAAAAAAAAAUAUGAACAAAACACACACUAAGGAAAAAAAAUUAAGAUACAACUGAAGAAGGAUGAUGAUAAACGUAUAAACGAUAAAAGUACACAUAUUGUUCAUGUUUAAGGACAGGGUUUAGUUCUUUCCAGGUUCCAUUUGAAUGAUUGCAGAGAAAGGGACAGGCGAAAAACUCAAGUUUUCCAACAACCAUUGACAAAAUCUCCAACUUUUUUUUUUUUUGCCAAACUUCUAGUUAAGUUUUGUAAGUGUGUAGUUGAGACUAGGUGUAGUAUGAACUAAUUCACUCUUGAUUGCACAAGAUGUAACAAAACCUUCUCUGGGGGAACAUGGUUAAAUAUAUAUAUAAAUAUAUUUUUCUUUUGUUUUGUUAUGCCAUUGUUGUUGUUUUUUUCUUUUUCUAUUUGAACAUGCAAAUUCCAAAACUUGAGUUAUUCCUUUUUAUUUUCCAGUUGGGUUCGAUAAACCACAGCAUCCGAUGUAGUUAAACAGAUGACAUUCCUUGUACUUGUUAAAACCAGGAUCCUCUUGAUUUAAAAAUGUUGGUGUUAUGAAGGUCUGAUGGGGAGCGAUGUGUAUAUGGAAGACCAGCGGUCAGAGUUAAGACUGAAUAUUGAAUGGUGGAUGUUUUGUAUCGUCUCCUUAUCUCUAAUAAAAAGCACUAAACUAC